AUGGCAAAUAGGAGCUGUCACUACAAAUUAGUGAUCCUUGGCGAAUCAGCUGUAGGCAAAUCUAGCAUUGUCCUAAGGCUGGUGAAGUGUCAGUUUAGUGAGUAUCAAGAAGCCACAAUUGGAGCUGCUUAUAUCACUCAGACAAUCGUCCUGGAGGACCCCCCAACAACGGUCAAAUUCGAAAUCUGGGAUACUGCAGGUCAAGAACGGUAUCAUAGCUUAGCCCCUAUGUAUUAUAGAGGAGCUCAAGCAGCCGUCGUUGUUUACGACAUAACAAAUCCAAGCUCAUUUGAGCGUGCAAAAUCUUGGGUACAUGAACUGAAUGAAAAAGCAAACACUGCCAAAGUGAUUGCGCUUGCUGGAAACAAAGUGGAUCUUGAAGAGCAAAGAGCUGUUCCAUUUGAAGAAGCACAAGAAUAUGCCAAUCGAAAUGGUCUACUGUUUAUGGAAACAUCUGCCAAAAUGGCCACCAAUGUAACUGAACUUUUCACCGCCAUAGCCCAACGGUUACCUCACGAUACUGAACCAUCUAGACCAAGUGGCGGACAACAAUUAACUCAAGGCAAUUCGCCUUCUCAGCCUAAGCAGUGCUCGUGUACUCAAAAAUUUCUGCUGUGCUGGAAUUGUUCCUUCGCGAGUUAUGGUUUUUAUUGA